GCUUCCUCCGCUGUAGGCCUGAAGUGAGUCCCAAUGAGGGAGACCAAUGUGAUCGAUCGUUAUUCUUACCGCAAAAGAACAGUGUAUUUUCUAGCAAGGAUCGAAGUAGGGUACGUGUGUGUUUAUGUUGGGUGUGUGUUGUAGAGUUUCUUUUUGAGCCGGUAAUCAUGCCAGAUAUAAUAGAUUUUUUUCGCCAAAAGCCGGUAAUUUGGCCAGAUUUAGUCGAUUCUUUGUAUUUUGAUGGCAUCUUUUAUAUUCAAGAUUUUGAUGAGUAUUGGAAAGGACUUAAGAUCUGGGCAGAGAUAUCACGGGUAGUAGACGAGCUGUACCAGCCCGAUCUUUGCACCGGUGCAAGAGCUUUGCAGCACGAUCUGGAUAGAACGUUUCGAAAGUGUCGACCUAUACUCUAUGGUGAAGGGUGCGAGGAAAGUCAUCGAGCUGUGGAAACGAUUUCAGAUUUUUCGGCAGAGAGGUAUUCAUUGUUUAAAGAGUUAAGAUCUGCAAAAGAGCUUAAAGGUUUGACGUUGAAGUAUAAACAAAUCUUAGACUAUGUCAUCACCGACAGUACGACAGAUGGUGUUAGAACACCUUGUAAGUUUUUUCACUUCUCCUUUUCCGAGAGUUUUCGCUUAUCUGUACGAAAUGCCAUGUACUCUCAAAGUUGGGAGGUCGUGGAAAGUCUCAUCUUGCCUAUUGCGUUCGUUGCUCUUGUUAGAGCAGCUGCAAUAUAUUCUGCUAUCGUCGUUUUAGCAGUUCAACUUGUGUCAAUGGUAUUCCGGUACCUGAUCGGUCCCAUUGACAGGGGUGGGGGUAAAGAAUAUUCAUCUGGGUCGUUAGAAUUUAGGUCCACAUAUAUUUCCAUUGUGUUGUACCAUGGCUCCUACAUAUGGAUCAAGUUUAGAGACGUUGCUCAAGAGUCAAGCAAGCGUCCCGGUGAAGGACUGUUUCGAAGGAUCCGAGAGAACGAGUCGGGCGAGCGGGUGUAUUAUGGUAAUUUUGAGCCCCGAAUGAAACCGCCGGGUUCAGGGACAUACAUCGCUGUUGGCACUUAUGAAAACGAAAAGGAUGCGGAUACUGUGUAUAAGAUACUUGCGUUCUGGUGUGGCAAGGACGGUUAUCAAGGCUAGAUUCCUCUGCUAGAAGGAUCCACUUAUCGUAUUUCAGCUAUGGCCGAGGUAGAGCAGUGCAUCGGUCCGGUGCAGGACAGGUACCGGAUCAAGCGUUGUGUGCGAUAUGUCCUUUCAAAAUACCAAGAACAGUUCAAAGCUGCAACAGAUGAGCAGGAUCUACUUUUUGGUGAGAUAUUUCGUGCACUUGCCGAUGGAUCGUCUGCUGCGGAUGCAAGAGAAAAUGUCGCGAGUGGGGGAAAUGAGGUGGUGAUACCCUCGACUUCACUCUGAUUGGAGCUACUUCCAACACAGCUGCAUGUGGAACUGGAGCAUCGAAUGCACAGCCCAGAGAACUUGAGCAGACAAGACCAUUGCAAGAGAAUCAGGUGAACGACUCAGCAAUCAACAUGGUUUGUGGCGACCUCGCCCUUCGAGGACUGGUGGAAGAGUUGCAACGGAAGGAGACAGAAUCGCAAUUCGAAAUUCAGCAAUUGAAAUCUCAAUUGACAAGCCAGCGACUGGAUGAACGACGUGAAAUUCACCAGCUCCAGACUCAAAUGAGGCAAGUGGAAUCUCAAAAUUCUUUGCUGAGAAGCCAGCAACAGGAUCAACAACGUGUAAUUCACCAGAUGCAGUCUCAAAUGCAACAGCUGAGAUCUCGAUUUUCAUCGUUACAACACCAACAGUAUGAGCAGCAAGAACCAUCAAACACUCAAAUUAUGUCCAUGCUCUUUCGGAUUUACGGGCAGAAUUCACGACUUCUAGAGCUGGACGGUGAAACGGAGACACAUGGAAGCGAAGAGCAUGCUCGAAAGCGGCGCCGCACCGGUCAAACCUCGAGGCAGGAUUCACGAAACUAAUGAUAAAUAGUAGUAAUAAUGAUCUUGUGCAAUUACAUUCCAAUUCUUCAGAAAAAUUUUGUAAAAUAAAAUAAAAUAAAAUAAAAUAAAUGGUUCAUUGAA